UUAGAAAAUGAGUUCUGUUAACGUCGACGGGACUAAACAUUAACAGUUAACGACUAUGUUACAUUAACAUCGAUUAAGUAAUCCAACAGCCAUUACUGAGUCCUUGUGCGAAGUUAGCCGAUAGACCAGCACUGGUAUCUCGAUCAGUGUUAAUUCACGAUAUUUAGACACCAACUUCUAAAGUUGGGGAACAACUCAGCUAAGACAAUGAUCUUCAAGGAAGCGAUGGCUCUGGGAGUUUGGGAGGCCCGGAUGUUCGCAGACGAAUCCCCAUCAAACUUCUGUCCAAGCAGCCAAUAAGGAGCAAACCUCAGCAGCGCCCCCAGAGACCUGUCAGCAGAACUUGUAAAAGUGAGCCUGGAGAAGAUGUAAUCAUGAAGUCGAUGAUGAGGACAGCAUCAAAUAACUUUGGCUUUAAGCAAGAGGACAGGUUUGACUGUGGAACUAAAGCUGGUGAUGUGUUUGCAAGUCAGAGGAGAUUUCCACAACCGUUGUUCUGGGACUAUAAGUUAAACUUGAUUGGAGAAAAGGAUGACGUUCCGAUUCACUUCUGUGACAAAUGCGGUCUCCCUAUUCAGCUGUAUGGACGGAUGAUUCCCUGCAAACAUGUUUUCUGUUAUGACUGUGCUCUACUUCAUGAGAAGAAAGGAGAGAAGAUGUGCCCAGGCCUGACCCUCUAUAACUGCACAGACCCGGUUCAGCGCAUUGAACAGUGCCAACGUGGUUCCCUCUACAUGUGCAGCAUUGUAGCAGGAUGCAAGCGCACCUACCUGUCUCAGCGUGACCUCCAGGCCCACGUCAACCACCGCCACAUGAGGGCUGCCAAGUCUUCUGCGGGCCGCCAGGAGCCCGUGCACCUGCCCCCUGCUUCUGAUGUAUCUGAGCGUUUCCGCCUGCCUCCACCUCACUUACCCAAGAACCACGUCCAUCUCACCAACCCGCUUCAGCACGGGAGCCACGAUCCUUACAGUCAGCCGCCACCUCCCUCCGCUCACGAAGGCCCGCCCCCCACUCCUUCUCUGGGUCCUGAGACAUUCCGCAUUGCCACGGUAACAACUCGUAAACACAGUAAUCUCAUCACUGUGCCCAUUCAAGACGACUCCUCUUCCUCUCGCGAGCCCCUCUCUGCUGGGCCAGGCCCUGGCCAGCCACCCCACCACCACCCCGGGGACUAUCCUGGCCAGCCUCCCGUAGUGUCACACUCUCACCACAUGAUGGCACCACCUCAACAGCAUUUUGGUCCCCCGCCUCCCCCGCCGCCUCCCAUUACCCACCCAAUGCAGCAUCCUCCCCAGGCCUCUGGGACACCACACAUGGUGUACAACCAGGCCCCUCCUCCCCCAAUGUCCACAGCGCCCCCACCUAUUACUCCUCCACCAACGCACAUGAUACCCCCUUACAUGAAUCACCCACCCCCAGGACCUCCACCACAGCAUAGCGGCCCUCCUGUUAAUGCCCCACCACCUCAUCAUUAUAACCCGAACUCCAUGCAGCAGUUCCCUGAAGACCAGGGUACCCUCAGUCCCCCCUUCACCCAGCCAGGAGGGCUCAGUCCUGGGAUGUGGCCCGCCCCAAGAGGACCCCCACCUCCACGAAUGCAGGGACCCCCUCCCCAGGGCCAAAUGCCUGGUCCGCACCAUCCGGAUCAGGGCCGGUAUCGGCCCUAUUAUCAGUAAACUACCACCGAAAUGAGUCUGUCAUUCUGUUUCAUACUGCUUGUCUGAGUAAUGUGAUAGUAAACCUCAGGGUUCCAGGUUGUAGACGUUGAUUUCCAUAAAACUGCCCAAAGCAAAUGUGUAUGUGGUGCACACUCAAGUUAACUGUGCUAAACUUGGAAGAGAGCAAGAGUGUCCUCUUUUUGAAACAACAUAUGGUAACAUGUCUGUAUAUAUGUUAGCUGAUGCCACACAUGUACAUUUAAAGAUGUUGAGUCAAUAAAUUUUUAACAGCACAUUUCUAUCCUUUCGUUUGACAUGAUGUGAUGUAGUAAAAUGUCAGCUGGUUUCUUUAACAGACGUUACUGAAAACUACAUUUAUCACUUGGUCUGACUGACGAGGUCUUCAGUAUUUCUCAUUAAAAAUAUAUUGUGGAAAAAUGAA